AUGCCUCUUCUUACCCACACAGCCUGGCGCACCAUCCUCCUACACAAUCCCUCCUUUUUUAUUUAGUCUUCACGUCCGCUUCGCAUUCUUCACUGGUUUAUUCUUCACAGGUUUAGCGGAGUAUAUAUAGUGGUGCUUCAAUGGCGGCAGCGAUAACUCAGAUAGCGGCGGUUUUGGUCACUGUGUGUAUUGUGGUGGCUGCAGAUGCCCAGCUGGCGUCCGACUGGAUGUCCAAUGUAGCAUCCUAUGGCAACGUUGGCAGCAGUGACUCCUUUGAUCUCGCCAUCGAAUCCGAGGGAGUCCAAAGCUGCGAUGGAAGCCUGGGCGAUUGUGGGGUUUUUGAUGAAGAAAGAAGUGGGCAUGGGAGGAUUCUGAGGCCAGUGCAUUAUUACAUUAGCUACGGUGCUCUCGCUGCAAAUCGGGUGCCCUGUCCUCCACGCUCAGGGAGAUCGUACUAUACGCCAAACUGUUAUAAAGCUAGUGGACCCGUCAGACCCUAUCACAGGGGUUGUUCUGCUGUUACGCGUUGUUAUCGGGACACUAGCUAGGCUAGAUUACCUGCAUCUUGUAUUGGCUUCACUCUCCUGGGUUUGGUUGUCUUAGAUUUAAUGAGCUGAGGGAGUGGACAUUUUUUGUAUUGAUUACAGUGCUUAUUAUAAUACACUUUUUGUGUAUUGGAUUAAAAUCGUUUGCAUUUUCUGGUACUAGUUAUGGGUUUCGUCGGUACUAGAAAAGAUUGAUGCCGAAUUUCAUCUGGGAUAUAAAUAUCGUAUUGGGUGUUUUUCUUCA